AUGCUGGCAGUUGAAGAGAAGUUCAAUCAGCCGCUUGAGAAACUCCUGCCUGAGUUGGUUACGGAGAACGGGCUGUCCGCCACCGCUGACUACCUCGGAGUUAGUAAGGCGACGCUGGGGUACUGGCUGUUGAAGCUGGACAUCAUCGUCAGGCGCGUCGCCCUCGCGCCCGGUGAGACCUUGGAAGUGAAGCGGGUGGGAUAG